GACUACAUUCUCGUCGUCUUUGUCCAAUAAAUAAAUGUCAAUGUCAAACAAAAACAAUUCGAUAACGCGAAAAAAAUAGCAAAUAACAAUGAUAAAAUGGAGAUAUUCUUGAGAUUUGUGCCCACAAAUCCUAUAAGAUUUACAGCUUCUAGGAUAUUAAUAACUCAUGUAGCGCAUUACACAAGAUUGGCUGAAGUGGGAAAACUAGAAUCACCAAAAACUUCCGGAAAAUAUGAUACUGGACAGCUCAUUUUACAUAAAGUAUUUGGCUAUAGAGGAGUAAUACUGUUUCCUUGGCUCGCUCGCGUAUACGACAGAGAUGCAACCAAUAAGAAGGAAAAUACUGAUACUUCUAGUACCACAGAGUCAUCUGGAGAUUCUCUAUCGAAUGUAGGAAAAGAAGUAAAGGGGAGAACUCAUACGUUUUACCAGGUUUUGAUAGAUACAAGAGAUGCACCUUACAUAACUGUGCAAACAAACAUCGAUAUGAGGCCAGAGUGGAAGAAAAAGCGAGCGCAAACGGAAGCGGUGACAUUUCUUGGUAAUCAGGAGUCGAGUCGCAGCUUAUAUGCAAUUCCCGGGCUGGAUUAUGUGGCACAUGAUGACAUCAUACCCUAUACUUCAGUGGAACGGGUGCCAUUACAACAUGAACUGUUUGAUAAAUUCCUUAUGAAUAAUCCUGACAAAGACCCACCAUUCAUAGCCCAAGAGACGUUACGGGCAUGGCAAAAGAAGAACCACCCUUGGCUCGAGCUGAGCGAUGUUCACCGCGAGACCACAGAGGGCGUGCGCGUCACCGUCAUACCCUUCUACAUGGGAAGUCGCGAGUCACAAAACUCUGCAGUCUAUUGGUGGCGGUACUGCAUCCGGCUGGAGAACCUGGGCCCGCAGGCGGUGCAGCUGCGCGAGCGGCACUGGCGCAUCUUCUCGCUGAGCGGCACGCUGGAGACGGUGCGCGGCCGCGGCGUCGUCGGCCAGGAGCCCGUGCUGGCGCGCCACUCGCCCGCCUUCCAGUACAGCAGCCACGUCAGCCUGCAGGCGCCCAGCGGACACAUGUGGGGUACAUUUCGAAUGGAGCGUGAAGACGGAUAUACAUUCGAUUGCCGUAUACCACCGUUUUCACUCGAGAGUAAACCGGACGAGGGCGCUCCAGUCGCCCCUACGCCGGCCCCUUGAUGGUGCAAGAUACCGCCCGAAAUCCGUGGUUGUUCUAAUUUAGACUCUAUGCGUCGCGAUUUUGAUGCCAAAAUCAAUAGUUCUACAUAACAAAUUCAUGACGUUUGAAAUUCAUGAUCACGUCGAUUUGUUAGGAUGUGAUGAAUAUUGUUGUUUGUGAUGUUUAUUCAGUCAUUAUUUUUAGCUAAAUAUUUUUUUCUCAUGAAAAAUAAAUAUCGCUAUAAUGCUGUUAUUAUGAUAUAUUAUUUAUUAUGUACGAAGUAGGUGGAGAUUCCGUUAGGUAUAUUCAUCGCAUCCAUUGUUUGUUCUGACAAAUUCCUUAGUCAAUAUUUAAUUAUUAUCCUAGUUCUGUAAUAAAUUACAGUAUUCUGUUAA